AUGCAUCUCAAAUCUGAUCAUGACAAUUCAAUAGCCGCCAUAAGAGCAUUUCGACCCGUAAAGUAUCUAAGUCUCCACAGUCUUCGUAGCAUUCAAAAUUUACAUCAAAUGAUCGAACAGCAUAGCCCACCAUUGGAGGGACUCAUUAUGGGAUCGUCUGGUCUGGCUCAUUCGCAAUACCCCAGACUCGAUGUUUCUGGCAUCUUCCAGCUGGUUACUCAAUGUCCAAACUUAGAAGAACUACACCUUCAAAUUAAAAGGACAAUGGACAUUCAAGUAGAGUAUGAAACGUACAAAGCUCUCGGAGAAUUUUCGAACCUUCACAGCCUUAUGCUAGAUCUUCAUUUCGACGCCCGACUAAAGCUAGCACAGCAAAGGGAACGUUCUCCAAAGAAUAGAGUUUUCUACUUGACUACUUUGCGCGGUCAUUCCUGGUCAUAUGAUAUAACUUCCAACAUCCCGGUUCACCAAGUGCGGAGGAGAUUGGGAAGAGGGUGCGGGAGAUACAACAAGAGAAACGAGAAUCGUUACUUGAUUCUGAAGAAGACCAGGAGUUCUAUCUCCCUGAAGGACUUACACUGUUUCUCUAUAAUAUUUGGUCACAAGUCCCUGCGGGAAGUGACUAGUGAUCUUGUUGGACUAAGUUUUCCUUUAGAGGCAGGCACUACGUAA